UUAUCCCAUAUCGGAGCUUGUAUUUAAACGCUCUCGUGGGAGGUGUAAGAAACUGAUUCUAAUGGUACACACGGUUACAAAGCGAGUUAAUUGCAGCCUAACACUAACUGAUGUGCGUUACUCAGUAGCAGAAUAACUGUCAUCAGAAGUAAAGCUGGACCGGAACUGCGUUUACAGCUUUAAGAGACUGGACUGACAAAUCCAGGGACGGCGGAGUAAACUGAGUUGGAGAGGGAGGAGGAAGUUUCCAACCGGAGCGAGAAUCUUCAUCUUGUGACUGCCGGGAGAGAGAAAAUGCAAGCUACAGUACGGAAGCGGCAGAAUGCCAUGCAACCAUCCACCUUUCCGACUAGACCAGGGUCCAGGGAUGCAGAAUCCUCUCUGAAGAAGCCACAGUUCCAUCUGGAUCUGUGGUUCUACUUCACCGUGCAGAACUGGGUCCUGGACUUCGGAAGGCCCAUUGCCAUGAUAGUCCUACCUUUGGAGUGGUUCCCCCUCAACAAACCAAGCGCUGGCGAUUACUUCCACAUGGCCUACAACGUCAUCACACCAUUCCUGCUUCUCAAGCUGAUUGAGCGCAGCCCAAAAACCCUUCCCCGCUCGGCGGUGUACCUCUGCAUCGUCACCUUCGUCAUGGGCGCCAGCAUCCACCUGGUCGGCGACUCCAUUAACCACCGGCUCAUCCUGAGCGGCUACCAGCUGCACCUGUCCGUCAGGGAGAACCCCAUCAUCAAGGACCUGAAGCCUGCGUCCCUGAUUGAUUCCUUUGAACUUUUAUAUUAUUACGAUGAACACCUGGGUCACUCAAUGUGGUAUAUUCCCUUCUUCUUCAUCUUUUUCCUGUACUUCACUGGCUGCUUCACACACGCCAGGGAAGAGAACGCCACACCCCUCUCUGCCUGGCUGCUGCUGGGACCCAGCGCCCUUUACUAUUGGUACCUGGUGACGGAGGGCCAGAUCUUCAUCCUUUUCAUCUUCACCUUCUUUGCCAUGCUGGCCACCGUCAUGCACCAGAAGCGGCGGGGUUUAGCGCCCGACAGCAACGGCCUCUUCCUGCUGUACAGCUUCUCCCUGGCCUUGGGGCUGGUGGCCGUCUGGGUGGCCUGCCUGUGGAGUGACGAGGUCCUGCGCAGGAAGUACCCGGGCGUCAUCUACGUGCCCGAGCCCUGGGCCUUCUACACUCUGCACGUCAAGGACAGCCAAUAGCAGACUGGUCGCACGCUGUGCACGUCAAGGACAGCCAAUAGCAGACGGGUCGCACACUGUGCUCGUCAAGGACAGCCAAUUGCAGACGGGUCAGCACUGUAGGUCACGCCCAUCUGCCUGGUGCAGCUACGCAACACAUAUCUUUCUGCACCUGAACGUAUUUCUGGGCUGUGCGAAGGACGCGUAUGACCUCUGACCUGGGUGACCUGGUUGACUGAGGUAUCUUUUCUAGCCCCCUCAAAGCCAGCUGUUUUGCUAGUAUUGCAUUCUGGUUGUCCAGGCCUUGUUCUUGUUGUUUCCUGCUGGGUUUUGUAUUUCUGUUCCGCUCCAGGACAAUGGAAAUGAUGUAAUCAGCAGGAGAGUGCUGUCUUAGCUGUCCUGGGAUACCUCCAGCUCCAGUAUUACCCCUGCUUCCUGCUCUCUCUCUCCCAUCCUCUCUAAAAGGAUAAAGGGGAUACAGUGUCAUCUUCAAUAGGACCAUGUACUGUAUGUAAUUUAUUAUUUACAGCACAGGGUUGUUCAGCAGUUUACAAGGAGAUGCCAGGGGCUUUAAAAAAUGUAUGUACUCUUGUUACUGGUCAAGCGGCCUUGUUUACGUUUUAUCGAACCCAUCCCUCUAUGGGUACCCUUUCCCUUUCAAUGCUGCAGUCACUCUGACUGCAGUAUGCAGAGACAGCACGGCUUACUACAUAAAUGUAAUGUAUGUUUUCUAUGCGUUGUCCAGCGUUAACAUCCCUGCCUUCAAUGCAACCGAAUCAGUAUAAACCCAUGUUCCCAUUGAGGUACUUUCUUUACUGUAUUCUUUCACAAAAAAGCUAAAUGGAAAUGCCGCUCACUGUGGCUAUUCUGUGUGUGUGCAUUUACUUAAUGUGCUCUGCCUCUCUAUACAGUAAGUAGCCAAGUUCUGUUGUAGUUGUCAUAGCCUUUGGCCCGAUACUGACAUGAAAUGGCUUACCAUUAACCAUGACCUUUGUGUUGUAGUAUGACUAAAUUGCACCCUUAAUUUCCCUGAGGUAUAUCUGCUCUCUAGUUAGGAGUAAAAUCCAGCACACAAUCUCCAAUUUAUUAUGGUUUGGAAAUAGAACUUUGUUUGUUUUUCAUGUUUUCCAGUUUGUCUCAGGAGCAUUCGCCCACAGAGUAACGGCAGUCUGUUUCAUCCAUGUACUGGCCAUAACCGCAUAAUGACAUGAGAGUUUAAUGGUGAGAACAGGCCCUUUAUUCCAUGUAGGUUUCUCAUUGUAUGGAUGGCCUGGAAUGCUGGGUCUAGUGCUGUGUCAAGCCUGAAUGAUUAUUGAGGCCAUUGCACAUAGGGGCACUACACGUAGAAUGCCCCUUUUCUUUGUCAUUUUCUUCUACAUCACUCUUGCUGCAAUGUCAUUUAUAUUUCCUCUGCCCCUGGAAAAUCUCCCAAGUGGUUAAAAAGAUAUGAUUGAAGUGGCAGGCUAAUGGGAUGAUUGAAUGUGAUCAUUAUAAUUGGUACAAUAUCGGCCUGCGGAAUAUUAAAAUUCAUUAGAUUGUAAUUAACUGAUUUGGCAAACUUUAAAUUAGAGUGGAGUAUGGAAAGUCUAUAAUCAAGGAUCCAGUUACAGCUCAUUAAAAAGAUUAUACAUGA